GUUUUAUUUAAAGCAGAAUUUAAUGGAGAGAGGGGGAAGGACUGGUUAGAGAAGCAGACAGACAGAGCGAGCGAGGGAGGUUUUGGCAGGGCUUGUCGAAUCUUUGUAUCUCAGUAGUCAGUACGCAAGACGGCACGAGUGAAGAACCCUCGUCUCCUUGAGCCCAAGUGCAGAAAAAAGUCAAUAAGAAGGGGGAGAGUCCCGACUCUCGACCUCGAGUGGAUCCCUUGCGAGCUCAUAUUCCAACAAUCCGAAACGGGAGAAAUAGGAGAAGAAACAUAAAAAAAAAGGGCUGAAAGGAAGAAGGGAAAGAAGCUGGCAAUGUGGAAAAUGAAUCUCACCUUCAGGAGCACAUUGAGAUCUUCGAAUGACUUCCACGAAGUAGCGAGAGGUUUUAGAGAGCUUUCAUCCGCAUCUUCAUCGUCACUACUUGUCAGGAGAUUGCCCCCGCUCUCGAGCCGACCUACCUCCCCAUCCCAAUCCCAUUCUCAAUCUCAAUCUCAAUCUCAAUCUCAGCUCCCCAUUCCUUUUGGCACUUCUAUCCGUUAUUUCGGCAGCGGUCGCCGUCAUCGGGACGACCUCAGCGCAAGAUAUGAAAUGACGCCACCCACCAACUGGGGCAUCCGAAUCGUCCCCGAGAAGAAGGCUUACGUCGUUGAACGGUUCGGCAAGUAUGUGAAGACCCUUGAUUCAGGUAUUCACAUAUUGAUACCGUUUAUUGAUCGAAUCGCAUAUGUUCAUUCCCUUAAGGAAGAGGCCAUUCCAAUUCCGGACCAGUCUGCUAUUACAAAGGAUAAUGUCAGCAUUUUGAUAGAUGGGGUUCUUUAUGUCAAGAUCGUCGAUCCAUUUCUGGCAUCAUAUGGUGUUGAAAAUCCCAUUUUUGCUGUAAUUCAGCUCGCUCAGACAACAAUGCGAAGUGAGCUGGGUAAGAUUACGCUGGACAAGACUUUUGAGGAGAGGGACACCCUGAAUGAAAAUAUCGUUUUGCAGAAGUCAAUUAAUGAGGCUGCUAUGGAUUGGGGCCUUAAGUGUCUACGCUACGAAAUAAGGGAUAUAUCUCCUCCUCCUGGGGUGAGGGCAGCUAUGGAGAUGCAAGCAGAAGCAGAACGUCGAAAACGAGCACAAGUUCUUGAGUCAGAAGGAGAAAGGCAGGCAAACAUUAACAUUGCAGAUGGGAAGAAAAAUUCAGUAAUCCUAGAGUCUGAAGCUGCCAUGAUGGAUCAGGUGAACAGAGCUAAAGGAGAAGCAGAAGCUAUCCUUGCCAGAGCACAAGCAACUGCAAAAGGGAUAUCCUUACUAUCAGAUGCUAUCAAAGCGAAUGGAGGUGUUGAGGCAGCAAGCUUAAGAAUUGCUGAGCAAUAUAUCCAAGCCUUCAGUAACAUUGCCAAGGAGGGCACAACUUUGUUGCUCCCCAGCAGUGCUGCUAAUCCUGCCAGCAUGAUGGCUCAAGCUCUGACCAUCUACAAAAGCCUGCUAGGCAAUGGUUCUGGUGGUGGGCUACAGCAGAUUUCUCAUCCUAUGUCUCCAGGCAGCAGCGAAGGCAAUUCUCCUGGAGAGGCUGGAGAGCGUAGCCCUGUACCUGAUGCUAUGAACGCCAGGGUUCCUGAGACCGUUCCAUCUGUACCAGUUUUCUCAUUGCAGAGCCCCAAUAAAGGAGGAGAAAAUUGACACCAUCAAAGCUUGACCAUAAUAAGGGAAAUACCCUAUCGUGUCCUUCAAUUUUGUCAUCGAGGCAGCUAUUAGCUUCUUUUCUUUAAUUGACAUCCCAAAUAUUUCUUUGUUUUUAGGUGCUUUCCUUCCCAUUGGAUUUAAAAUGAAAUUCAUUGACAUAAUGUGAGUGAGGUGGAUUUUUCAUUAGCAGACCUUUGCCCAACGUCGGGUGGAUGUUAGCAAUUUAGGUUGAAAGUUCCCCUGAAGAUUUGACUCUACACUUUCAAGUCUUUAUUUAAUUUUUCGGAGAAA